GGCGGGGCCUGCGUCGGGGGCGGGGCCUGCUGCGUCCGGUAUCCUAGCAACGGUCCUAGCCGGCUGUUGAGCCGCCUGGACCCCGCGGCUCCUGAAAUGGAGCCAGAAGUGUUGGAUGCAAGCAACCCCUUUACCGUAGAAGGCGACCACCUGAUUCCAGACCUGGACCUGUAUGAUGCCGACAUCUACGACGUCCCGGACCCGGGACUGCUCAACGAAGAGGAUGAGUCAUCGUUUAAGGAGCCGGCCCCACGGCUUUUUACCGGCAACUCUCAGUGGCAGAACGUGACCCCGAGCGCCCGUGCCCGCCAGCUGUGGCUGCUCCUGCGUACAGGCCUCCACACUUUUGUGGAAAAGGAAAAGAGAGCUGAGCUGCGUGUGGCGCGCUUGACGCACGGGCUAGAGCCGCUGCGCCGCCUGGAGGUGGCAGCCGGGCUGUGUUCGGUGGCACAGGACCCCGUGGGCAGACGCUUCGUGGUGCUGGACGGUGCUGGCCGCCUGCACGUGCGCAGAGAGGAUGGCUGGGCGCAAGAGAAGCUGCUGGCUCCAGUCGCGCUUACAGGGCUGGUGGCAGUGCUGGGCGAGCUGGGCACUGUGGGCCGCUUUGUGGGAUGGGGCCCAGCAGGGCUGGCCAUUCUAAGGUCCGACCUCAGCCUGCUGUGGCAGAGUAAGCCAGUGGAGCGCAGGGUGCCGGGCCGCGAGCCAGUCUGCUGCCUGCCGGUGCCCGACCCCGGGCUGCUGCUGGUGGCGGAGGCGGGCGGAAGCCUGGCGCUUUGGAAGUUCCGUGCAGGGGGUCGCUGCCUGGUUCCCCAUGGGUCCCCUCUGCGGCUGCCGCCAAGCCUCUCGGGUGCGCUUGCGCGCCUGGCUCUGGGGCCUCGGCAUCCCCCUCACGUCCCACGCUGCUGCGCAGCCUACGGCUCGGCCGUGCUCACCUUUGAUCUGCACACCUGGGCUCUCACAGAUGUGCGUCGGGAUCUGCACAAAACCACCAUCUCCGACCUGGCGUACUGUAGAGAGGUGGGGGCCAUGGUGACAGCUUCCCGGGACAGCACGGUGAAGGUGUGGGAGGCUGACUGGCAGAUCCGGAUGGUGUUCGUGGGACACACAGGCCCGGUGACUGCGGUGGCCGUGCUCCCGAACACUGCCCUUGUGCUGUCGGCUUCGCAAGACGGGACGCUGCGCACGUGGGACCUGCAGGCAGCGGCGCAGGUGGGUGAGGUGGCGCUGAGCCGCUGGGGCCCGCGCGUGCCGUCGGAGACCGUGAGCCAUCUGCUGGCUCCCGCCGGCCCCGGCUGGCCCUUGCUCUCCUUGCGCGCCCGCAGCGUGGAGCUGUGGCGCAUGCGGGAGCUCUACUCGCCAUUGGCCCAGCUGUCGGCGCCGGUGCUCCACCUGCAGGUGGCGCCGGCGCUGCCCUCGCCCACGGCCCCGCAAGCGCAGCUGCCCACGCGCCUCGUGUGCGCCUGCGCCGAUGGCUCGGUCUACCUGGUGUCGGUCUCCAGCGGACGCACCGUGAGCGCGCUUCUGCUGGAGCCCGAGGACUGCGCGGCUGCCGUGGCCUACUGCCUGCCCCGCGAGGUGCUGUGGCUGCUGACGCGCGCCGGGCACCUGCUCUGCGCCAACGCAGCACGCUGCCCCAUGCGCGUGCUGCGCCGCCUGUGCCCGCCGCCGCCCCCGGCGCCCCGGCCCUGCUGCCUGCACCUCUACAGCCACCUCACGGAUCCCGGUAGCGCGUUCGCCACCUGGGAGAUAGUGCGCCAGUACAAGGGCGAGCUGUGCCGCAGCGACGUGGCCUGGGCCUGGAAGGACAAGAACCGGUACCUGCUCGUGGUGGGGCACACUGAUGGCACCCUGUCCGUACUCGAGUUGCGCUCCUCGAAGACGGUCUUCCGUACGGAGGCGCACGGCCCAGGCCCCGUCACCGCCAUUGCGUCCACCUGGAACAGCAUCGUGUCCUCGGGGGCAGACUUGACCGUGAAGAUGUGGCGCGUCUUCCCGUAUGCCGAGGAGAGCCUGAGCCUCCUGCGCACCUUCUCGUGCUGCCACCCGGCGGUGGUGCUCUGCGCCCUCGGGAAUCGCAUCACCGUGGGCUUCGAGGACCUGAACAGCGCCACCUAUGGCUUGGUGCAGUUUGGCCUGGGCAACGGCCCACGCUUUGAUCACCGGCCCCAGGACGACCCCACGGACCACAUCACCGGCCUGUGCUGCUGUCCCACGCUCAAGCUGUACGCCUGCUCCAGCCUGGACGGCACCAUCCGCAUCUGGACCGCGGAGAACCGCCUGCUGCGGCUCCUGCAGCUGAACGGUGCCCCUCAGGCCCUGAGCUUCUGCAGUAACAGUGGGGACCUGGUGCUGGCCCUGGGCUCCUGCCUCUGUCUGGUGGCCCACAGGCUCUACCUGCCCACGUCUUACCUGAUUAAGAAGCUGUGCCAGGAUGCCCCUGAUGUGGUGGAUGACCCUGCACUGCCGCUGACCAGCCAGGAGUCGCUGACCUCAGCCCAGCUGCAGAGGCUCGCCAACCUGCGUGGGGUGGCCAGCCUCAGCGCAGCCUCGUCUUUCAUCCAUCGCCAGACGGCCACGCCUCAGCAGCCAGUGUUGGAGAAGGACUUGGAAGCCUUCAUUGCCCGGGACCAAGACCUUCAGCAGCUGAAACUGGGGCUGGUGGGCCCUGCUGCCCGGCCCCCACCCUCCUGGCAGCAGUGCCAGGAGGCCUUUGAUAACUACCUCCGUCUGAUUUAUGGCCCUGGUCUGCUGGUGAGUGUGGGGCCUCCCCAGUCCCUCCCUUCACCCGGGGCCUCUGACACUGCCCGUCUGCCCUGCCCUCCCUGCCAGGGCAAGUAUUCCGGAGGAGAGUCCCAGCAGUGGAGCACUGUGACCCUCACAGUGGAGAGACAGACGUGGGACGUGUGCGCCCUGCCCAGAGAUGUCCCCGAUUUCGGGGGCAUUGAAGCCUCGCCACCACAGGACCUUGGGACCCUGGGCCAGCGCUUUGCCCACCCUCCCCGAGUCCCCUUGCCUCCCCCCACCACCCACCGGAGGUUGCCCAGCAGAGCAUCCCAGCUGCUGGCCCACUCUUCCCCGAGCCACGAACUGGGCCUUAGUUUGCACCUGCAGCUGCAGUUGGAGUGGCUCCACGGGGAGAAGCCUGUGGCCCCGGAUCCACUGUCCUCCCACCUGCAGCGCAGGAUCCCCCUGCUGCUGAAGAGGCGGCCCCAGGAGCGUCUCUCCAACCUCAGGGGCUUCUUCCCUGCCGCUGUUCAGCCCUGUAAGUACUGGCGGCGGCCCAUCCGCUUCCCGGGCUGCGUGCCCAACUCGGUGGUGCUGCAGCAGAUGUGGCUGCCUGUGGAGGUCAGCGGCCUCGGAGCCCUAGGCCCGCUCAGGCGCCGCUGCGAGAGCAAGCCAGGUGGGAGCCAGGACGACCUGUGGCUGCCGCGGGGCAUCAGGCGGCAGCGCGCCAUGCGGCGGGAGAAGCUGAUCCAGUCGUUGGGAGAGGAGGGGGAGGAGGAUCUGGACGGGGCCUCGGAUUCGCUGGGCCCCCACAGGCAGCUCUCUGACCAGCUGCUGGAGUCCGAGGAGCAGGAGGCGCAGAGCCCCGAGUGUCUCAUCCCGAAGCCCAUGGGCUCCCGCGAGGACACCGCCAGGGCCGAGACCGGUCUUGACUGCCCCCAGUUCCACUAUGGGCACUCGCUCUGGGAAGAGCGCUACGGGCAUCUGCCUAGGUUCCUGCAUUUUUUCGUCGGCCAGAACUGGUUCAAAAAGCUCUUCCCCAUCUUCACUCUGCAGGCGUACCCCGAGGUGGGCACGGUGGAGGGCCUGGCCUCGCUGUUCAUGGACCUGCUGGACGAGGCCUCUUGGGCAGACCGCGUGCACAUCCUGCACGUGCUCCUGAGGCUGCUGCCCGACAUCAGCAGAGAGCUCUGUAGCCGGCUGCAGGGCAUCCUCGUGCGCUUGCUCAACCUGGACCGGCCCCCCAGCCUCCAGGUCGGCAUGCAGAAGCGGUUUGUGAUGCUGGCGCUGCAGCUGCUCCUGGCCUGCUCCCUGGAGUCCCGCGAGGUGGUGCUGGAGCUCCUGUGCUACUUCCUUUACUCGCCAGCCUCCUGCCGGCCGGAGCUCAGGAAGCUGCUGGAUGGACUCGGCCUUCAGGACCCGCAGGGCUUCCUGUUCAAGGAGAUGAUGACCUGGGUCCAGGGCCCGGACCUCGACUCCAAGGCCGCACUGCGCAAGCGCUGCUGCCAGAAGCUGGAGGAAAUGAUCUGGCAGGUGAAGGAGGCCCUGUCGCAGAUUUCCAUGGUCUCUGGGGCAACUGUUCAUAUCUCUGUGAUGCCCUCAAGCAUCUCCCGGACGCCCUCACCGGUGGUCUCACCCGGAGAGCCGGACUUGGCCGCCCUGGAGUCACAGGCCCAGCAGACGCUCGCACAGAUGCGCUUUGGGCGGACCCGACGUGCACUGUCUGAAACACUGACGCACUUCUGCCCCUUGCCCGAGGCCCACUUGCGAUCCUCCGCGCCAGCCGCACUGCCUGAUGAGCCGCUGCCUCUGGAGCAGACGAACUGGUCACAGUCAAAAAUGCUGGACCUGGGGCCCAUCGACGCACUCAACUUCUUCUGCGAGCAGCAGCGGGCUCGGCAGCAGGGCCCCCUGCAGGAGGAGCCCAAGACCCUGCCCCCUCGCCCGCCGCCACGGAGGCCCAGCAUGGUGGUGCCACAGCCCCGGGAACCCCGGCACUACUCCAUCCUCCGGCUUCAGGAGGCCAAGGUCCAGAGGUCUCCAAUGAAACUGAGAGGCCGAAUGCUGUCCCGGCUCUGGACGGGCCGCACCCUGGAUGGCGCCAUCCGGAUGCUGAAGCUGCCACUGCCCCGGGUGGAACUGCAGCCUUUCCCCCCAGACUGGCCCAGGCCUGCCCAUCCGCUGCCCCCGCAGCUCCUGCAGCCUGCCCUGCAACGCUAUUUUCUGCCAGAUGACACGGACCCUGACAGCUACAGCUGACCUGGCUGGUGACCCUGGCCUGACCCUGCCUCCCCCUCUUCCCUCCAGCAUGGAGUCAGGACAUGGCUCUCCAGCCGGCUGUUCACCCCAGCCAAGGCCCAGGGCUGGAAUAAAGUCCAGAGGCCACAGCCAGCACACUGGAUGCCACCUUCACCUUUGGGGGCCACUGAUGUGGGCAGGGGGGUCUGGCUGGUGUGUCACGAACCUGCUGGUGGCCAGCUGCAUGUGUGAGGCAGGAGCUGGGGGACCGGUGGGGUCUGGGAUGGGACAGGGU